UCUAAACCUACAGUAGUUGACACGACUUUGAGAACCUUUCACUCGGUAACGUGAUUAGCUAAGUUUAUAUAAAGGAUGUCUUUUUUAAUUUGACCUUGGGAUUUAAGACGAAGACUUUUAUUUUAACUUCCGAAUAUUUCGUAAAGGUGGUGGCUGAUAUUCAUCCCAGCCUGACCUGAUGACGGCCGAGCAGAACGGAGACCUGCUGGAAGAUGAUUUCCGGCAGGAAAAUGGAGUCCAGUCGAGCAAUUACAGUUCCAUCUCUCCUCCGGCCUCACCAGAGGUCCAGGAGGAACCCUUCUCCACCUACUUUGAGGAUAAGGUCCCCAUUCCAGAAAGUCGCAAUCAGAUCUUCAGUUUCCGUAAACUCUGGGCCUUCACCGGACCAGGGUUUCUGAUGAGCAUUGCUUAUUUAGAUCCUGGAAACAUCGAGUCAGAUCUGCAGUCUGGUGCCAAAGCUGGUUUUAAGCUCCUAUGGGUCCUGCUUUUUGCAACCAUCAUUGGGUUGCUGCUGCAGAGGUUGGCUGCACGCCUCGGAGUCGUCACCGGGAUGCACCUGGCUGAAGUCUGCAACCGCCAGUAUCCCACUGUUCCACGGAUAAUCCUUUGGUUAAUGAUCGAACUGGCAAUUAUUGGUUCAGACAUGCAGGAAGUCAUCGGCUGUGCCAUCGCCUUUAACCUUCUCUCAGUGGGCAGGAUCCCACUGUGGGCAGGGGUCCUCAUCACCAUCGCAGACACGUUUGUGUUCCUCUUUUUAGACAAAUAUGGUUUGAGGAAACUUGAAGCUUUCUUUGGAUUUCUGAUCACUGUAAUGGCUAUAAGCUUUGGUUAUGAGUACGUGCUGGUGAAACCGGACCAAGGAGAGGUUCUUAAAGGGAUGUUUUUACCGUACUGUGCUAACUGUGGGCCUGUGCAACUGGAGCAGGCCGUAGGAAUCGUUGGUGCAGUCAUUAUGCCCCACAACAUCUACCUGCAUUCAGCUCUGGUCAAAUCCAGAGAAGUGGAUCGGAAAAACAAGAAGGACGUAAAAGAAGCCAACAAGUACUUCUUCAUCGAAUCAUCUAUCGCCCUCUUCGUGUCCUUCCUCAUCAACGUCUUUGUCGUCGCAGUCUUUGCUCAGGCUUUUUACAAUAAAAACAACAUGGAGGUGAACGCUGUGUGCAAUGCUACAGGCAGCCCCCACACCGAUCUCUUCCCUCUCAACAAUGGCACUCUGGAGGUGGACAUCUACAAAGGGGGGGUGGUGUUGGGGUGUUUCUUUGGUCCUGCUGCUCUCUACAUCUGGGCCAUAGGGAUCCUGGCAGCGGGACAGAGCUCCACCAUGACAGGCACUUACUCUGGACAGUUUGUGAUGGAGGGUUUUCUGAACCUGAAGUGGUCUCGUUUUGCUCGGGUUCUGCUGACCCGCUCCAUUGCUAUCACGCCAACCCUCCUGGUCGCCAUUUUCCAAGACGUUGAGCAUCUGACAGGGAUGAAUGACUUCCUCAAUGUGCUUCAGAGUAUGCAGCUUCCAUUUGCCUUGAUCCCAAUCCUGACCUUCACCAGUCUGACCUCCAUCAUGAACGACUUUGCUAAUGGGCUGGCUUGGAAGAUUUCAGGAGGCGUCCUCAUUCUUCUGGUUUGCGCCAUCAACCUAUACUUUGUGGUGGUUUAUGUGACUGCGUUGAACAGUGUCCUGCUCUACGUAAUCGCUGUCCUGCUCUCUGUGGCGUAUCUGUGCUUCGUGAUCUACCUGGCUUGGCACUGUUUGGUCGCCCUGGGCGUUUCCUGCCUGGACUGUGGCAGCAGGAUGCUGCACCACACAGACAUGUACUUACUGACCGACAUGGAGGCUGAACCGCAGGCUGAGAGAUAGUAGGACGCCCGGUGCAGUCUGACUGCAGACUAGAGGGACCGCUGAAGCUUGGCCAGUAUUACCUUCUCUUCAGCCCUCAGUGUCUGACUCCUGCUAAAGUGUCCUUAAUGCACCAACAGAAUUUGAUGGAAUCGAAAAAAAAAACGCCCAAAUGCUUUAUCAUUUUUCCUGGACAGCAGUGUGUACUAAAUGAUCUGCGGGUGUAGCAGAGGGAGAAAAAUGCCCUGAAAGCCUGAAAUAAAAGAGAAGGAAAACAUGGUUGACAACAGCACUCUACAGCUGAGAACAGAUGAUUUCCAGUAGAUAAUCAGAGCUAUAAAUGAGCCAGUGGUGCCUGGAUGUGGGUAUCCAUCAAACCCACUAAGCUGCUGCACACUGCUCUUCAUAUGUAGCUAUAUUUUAUUUUUCAACAUAAAUAAUAUAUAUUUAUAACCCUAUAAUCCAUCCAUCCAUACUGUUAGUCACAGUAUGUUUGGAGUUGUUUGCUGGGGACCAAAUAGUUUGUUAUUGUGCUAAAUAAGCCUGAUAAAUUAUUAUUUAGGUAUUUUUCCUGACUCACAGUCGCUGAUAAAUAUAAGCAGACCCUCUUGAUAGCACUUAGUUUAGGUCAAACCUUUAGAAUUUUUUAUGCAAAGGUGCACAAAAUAAGUGUUUAAUAUUUUGGAGGCACUCAUGGGCAGCUGGUGAUAAUGCACUUAGCUUGGGAAACAAGCGUGCUAUGCCAUACUGAGAAAUCAGCCUUAAUCUUUAUGUCCAAAAAUGUCAGAUUUCUUCGUUUCCGUUCAGCAGAACACUUCUGAUCAUAUGUGAUGCAACGUCUGCCAUGCAACACAAACUUAGAAUGCACUGGAAAUACUAAUUGAGGAUGCGUAGGUGUCGGGGUUCAAAGACGUGUUUAGAAGUAAAGAUGCCUUUUAAAAUAAACUCACAGAUGAGAAUGAAAGGAAUCCCUGAUUUAACCAGAGAUGCAUCAAUCAGACAAUUCCUGGGAGAUUUGUAUGGAGAGAGUUUUGUUCCAUUAUUGUUGCAUGCAAAACAACAAA